AUGUCAGAUAUAAUCGCUGAAACAGUGCUGGGCUCUGUCUUCGAGGUUAUUGUAAAGGGUAAAACCUUGUUCCUGCCUGAGUGCCGAGCUCUCGUUUCCUCCAGGCUCUCGGUUCAGCUAAGCACGACGUUUGCCUCCAGUGGUCUCAUUCACUACGUGGCUCAUCAGAACCAGGUUGAUCACGCCACGCUCCAGCUUCACGGGGGCCACCUCCACUUCAUGUUUGACCUUGGUAGAGGCAGAACACAGGUCUCCCACCCUGUGCUGAUCAGCGAUGGCAAGUGGCACAUGGUGAAGACAGAGCACGUUAAAAGAAAAGGCUUCAUGACUGUUGAUGGCCACGAGUCCCCCAUGGUGACCACGGUGGGGGAUGGGACCACACUGGACGUGGAGGGGACGUUGUACCUAGGGGGCCUUCCCUCCAACUACAGGGCCAGGAACAUUGGACAUAUCACCCACAGCGUUCCUGCCUGCAGCGGGGAGGUGACAGUUACCAGCAAGCAGCUGGACAAGGACAUCCCGGUGUCUGCCUUUGCAGUGAACAGGUGCUGUGCAGUGGCCCGGGAAGGAACUUUCUUUGAAGGGAGUGGAUGUGCAGCUCCUGUUAAAGAAGGCUACAAAGUCCGAUCAGACGUAAACAUCACACUGGAGUUUCGUGCUUCCUCAGAGAACAGCGUCCUCCUGGGGAUCAGCAGUGCCAAAGUGGAUGCCAUUGGCCUAGAGACUGUACAUGGCAAGGUCUCAUUUCAUGUCAACAAUGGUGCUGGCAGGAUAACAGCCACAUAUGAGCCCAAACCUACCAGUACUCUCUGUGAUGGAAAAUGGCACACACUUCAGGCUAACAAAAGCAAACACCGUGUUGUUCUGAUUGUCGAUGGGAAGACAGUGGGUGCUGAAAGUCCACACGCCCAGUCCACCUCGGCGGACACCAACAACCCCAUUUAUGUUGGUGGCUGUCCUGCUGAAGUGAAGCGGAACUGCCUGAGCAGCCAGACCUCGCUCUGGGGUGUUUGAAGCUCACGUUCAUGGAGGGCCCACAUGUGCCAUUCCUGUGACUUCAGCAGCGCUUGUGACCUACAGGGAGUUUUCCCUCAUUCCUGUCCUAGGACUGAAUGCUGA